AUGAGCGAAGAUAUUAUAGAAAGCUCCCAAGACGCGAAGUGGGCUGUGUUAAACUCGCAAAUAUCCACUUUGAAAUCUGUAGCCAUCAUUAGCGAUUCAUUGAGCGUAGGAAGAUCGCAAGUAUGCGAUAUUGUAUUAACUGAAUCGACUUUCGGAAGCCACGCUAAUAUCCUUAAAAGCGUCAGCAAAAACCAUUUUACCAUAUUCAGGAAACCGGACUCUUUGUUCGCCUAUCUAAAAGAUACAAGUAAAAAUGGAACGUACGUGAACGGUAAGAAAGUACAAAGGAACGGACAAGUAUUACUUAAGACUAACGACAAGAUAUCGAUGGGCCAGAUAAACCCGAUUAUAUACAUCUUUGAGUUACUUUUAACAGACAACCUGCCUAAAACUUUAACCCCGUUGAGCAAUUUAGAAGUCACACCGAAGUAUAUAAACGUCCUGCCAGUCUGGGGGCGACUUCUGUCUUGCUUGGAAGAAUUGGAGUCUUGUGAUUUGCACAAAGAUACAUUCAGGGUGGGUCGAUCGAGGACCUGCGACCUUUCGAUCGAGCAAACGAAGUUAACGGGAAGAAAGAAGCUGAUUUUCAGCAAGGAGCACUUUAUUAUAGGCAAGGACCCCGGUAAUAAUAUCGCCUACAUUACUGAUUUAAGCAGAGGCGGGACGUACAUAAAUAACGUUCUCAUUGGUAAAAAUAAGAAUCAGAUUCUACAGCAUAACGAUAGGAUAGCCAUCGGACCAAAAUUACAGGUGUUUAUAUACAAAUGUAUGUAUGAUCACGAUACAAAUUUUCUUCCUCCUGAGCUCAAAGCAAUGUACGAACCAUCUACGAUAUUAGGCAAAGGAGCUGUGGGAGAAGUACGUUUAGCUUACGAAAAGUUGACCUGCAAGAUGGUAGCAAUAAAAAAAAUCAUCAAAGGUCGCAGCACUUUAUCUCAGAAACACGAGCUGAACCAUCCCUCUAAAAUACAAACCGAAAUAGAUAUACUUUCUACAUUAAAAUUCCCUUUCAUAAUCAGCAUGAUGAACAUCGUCGAAACGCCCAAAGAAGUGUUCAUAGUGUUAGAUUACAUGCGAGGAGGUGAACUGACCAACAGAAUUCUAUCGCACCAGCCCAUGACGGAGUCGAACGCAAAGUUCCUAUUCUACCAAAUAGUAUUGGCCGUGCAGUAUUUGCACAGCAAGGGCGUGACGCACCGAGACCUGAAGCCCGAGAACGUUCUGCUUUACUCCGAUGAGACCGAGACUUUGGUGAAAGUGUCCGAUUUCGGGCUGAGCAAGGUGACGGAAGACGAUGACAUGAUGAGAACCGUGUGCGGUACGAUGAGCUACAUAGCCCCGGAGAUACUCAACCGACACGUUUCCAGAUAUAACAAGCAAGUCGACGUUUGGAGCCUCGGCGUUAUAUUGUUUUAUAUGCUAGGAAAGGAACUGCCCUUUGUGUGUAAGGAAAAAAAUGGUGAGCUGGAGCAAAUGAUUUUGAAAGGAAAGUAUUCGAUGAACAGUGUCCGAUGGAGGGAGACUUCGGCGUAUGCCAGAGAUCUGGUGAAAAGGAUGCUCACUGUUGAUCCAGAAAAUCGAAUUAAUUUGGAUGAGGUGUUGAAACAUUUCUGGUUAUCCAAAGAUUUAAAAAUGCAAUUAGGCGUUAAAGCUUUAUAUGAAACGAUUUUGGAAGAAAUGGAAGAUAAUGCGUUUACUUAUAAUUUGGAACCUCCAUUGAAACAAAUCAGGUUGUCUUACGAGGAUUCCAGUUUAUCAUCACACUAG